AAAUGAUGCCAAAAUAGAUAGCACCACAUAACUAAAACUUGAAAAACCCCGCAAAUACAACUAACAUACAAAAUACAACUACUUUCCCUUUGUCUUUCCUUGUUCAACAGAUUUGCUUAAGCAAAAGGGUUAAGGGUACCCCCAAAACCCAAAUACCUGGUUUUCAUAGCUUUCUAAAUGGUGCACAAAAAAGGGGAUGAUUUGAAGGCAAUAGGGAUGAACAAAUCUCGACUGAUCACACGAUCAGAUGUUGAGAUUAGCCUUUGUUUAUCGCCUGAAAGAUAUAGAGUUGUCCGGCAGCCUAGAAAAUCACCUCGUCUUGUUACGCCAAACACGAAAAAGACAUCACCUUGUGCCAUUCCUAAUUAUAUGAAGAGUACACGCAGUUCAGAGGCAAGAAAGCAGAAUAAUCCUAAGGCAAAAACAUUAAGCCAAACAUCAUGUUUUAAGAGGGUAAGAACCUUAACAAAGUCUCCUAGUUUUAAGCACACCGGAAUAUCAACCUGUUCGUCAACCUUAAAAGAAUCAAAGGUUCCCCGUUACCUUGAAUUGAUACCUGGUGCAACUGAAGCUGAAGGGUGUUCAGUACUCAGAGUUUGCUCUUAUAACUACUGUUCUCUCAAUGGUCAUCACCAUAAAUCUGCACCUCCGUUGAAGCGUUUCCUGUGUUCAACGCGGAGGGUGAUCAGAGGAGUAAAAAACGGAAAUGAUCACGACAAUUUCUUCGUUGAAAUCUAUGUUCCCGGAAAAGAGGCUGCUGCACAAGUCUCUGAGAGCUUAUCAGAUGGACCGUGCUCUGAAAUUGAUUUUCUCUAUGGUGUUGAUCAAAGCAAAGACACUAAUUUUCCGAGUUCUAUUCAGAAUCAUUCAUCAUUUGAGACGGAAUUGGAGGAGGGAAGCUGUACUGGCAUCAGUUUAGAUGAGUUUUUCUGUGAAAACUCGGAUAUAGAGUGGGAAGAAGGGAAAAUUUAUACCAGCAAUGACAAUGAUGAUCAAGGUAUACCAGGUUUCAAGAUGUGUAAAAGUUUUGGCGAGUUCUUGGAUGAGUUCCCACCAUAUUUUCAUGAUGAAAUCGUAGAGUUUGCAUGUUUUAGUGAUGCUGAUUCCUUACCAGAUAGUGAGUCCACCCAGACAGGUGAAAAGGACAUAGAAGAGGAUACUAAAGUAAGUUCUUUACAAGAUAAUGAGGUAGCUGAAGAAUCUGAUUCCGAUCAGGACCUCCUUGACAGCUUCAACAAAUUAAAAAUAAGAAUGAGAUGCAUGAAACCAGAUGAGAUUGUUGAGGACGAGAGAGAGUUCAAUCCACGAGGACCAAACUUUCUCGAAAUCGAACCUGACCCAGAAGCAGAAAAGGUUGAUCUAAAGCACCAAGAGAUUGAUGAGAGGAGAAAUGCGGAGGAAUGGAUGCUUGAUUAUGCUCUACAGAAGACAGUAAACAAACUUGCUCCAGCUCAAAGGAAGAAGGUAGCAUUACUUGUCGAGGCUUUUGAAGCUGUUCUCCCUGAGCCCAAGCAUGAUACUAGGAGAAACUCAGCGAGCUUUACCCAUGUAAAAUCCACUCAAGCUUGCAGCUAAUCAAUCUUAAUGAAGAUAACAGUAGUGCAACCUAGUUAAAGCACACUAGAACUAAGUUACUUAAUAGAUUCAUCUACUUUGUUUAUGCAGAUGCACAAUACUACGAUAUGUACUGAUGUACUAAUGACUACCAAAAUACGAGUAGUGUAAAUUAUAAUGUCUCUGAACAUCGUCUCAUGUGACUGCAUUGCAUCUACCAAACAGGAUGCCGUUGCAAAUUUAAGUUUGCUACGGAUAACUUAAAUAAGAUGCAUUGUGUGAAAGAAGUUUCUCCCCUCUAUCUUGUCUAAUCUCAUAUUUGGGCGUGUUCUGAGCUCGCGCACUUCCAUUUCUGUUCUUCGUUGGAAUUUUUUUGUACAUGUAGCUUCUAUUAACUUGCUUCCUCCUUAGUCUCACAAGAAAAAGAGAUGAAAUUAGCAGCACAAAUUGAUCAGGCAUACAGUUCCAUGGAAAGCUCACUUUAAUAUUAUGAGCUGGAAAUAUAUACCCCAACCCCAGAACCCAAAAAUGGACAUUUCCAUUGCAGCACAAUGCAGAAAAUACA